AUGCAGUGCACUCCUCUCACACUGGCGGAGCUUCUUGCCAGGGAGAUUGAUCUAAAGUGUAGAGAAGAAGUUCGUGAGGGCAGCAGUGAACCACGGUUUGCUUGGUCAGGGGGUCCUUCAGUGGCACUGAGCAGUUCACCACACAUAGCUGUAAUGUUCCCUGCGUGGGAAUCAGUCCGAAAAAGUUAUUCGAGAAAUCGACUUCGUUUUGAGACCGCGGUAUCCGAUCCAUUCAAUCUUCCACCGUGCUACAGAAGUUCAGGGAAUGCAAGGUCUUCUUUGUUCACUGUAAAUGAAGCAGUUGUCAUAACCAGUGGAAAACAAGCAAUGAAUGCGAUUUUCUUUUCGGGUGGCUUCUUGUAG